AGAAGUUACCAGUACCCAACUUAAAUCUCUCUUACAAGUUCUUCUUUCAAUCACUCCAAUUUCCCAUUGAUUCUUAUAGUUCUCUCCCUUGAACCAAUUUUAGACAUGGGAAUCCGAUUGCCUUCGCUACUCCUCAAUGCCAAGCAAAUUCUCAAAAAGCAUGUUCAAUUUGAUGUUCCAAAAGGUCAUAUAGCAGUUUAUGUUGGAGAUAUCCAAAGGAAGCGGUUUUUAGUUCCGAUAUCCUACUUGAACCAUCCUACAUUCAUGGCUUUACUUAAGAGAGCUGAAGAAGAGUUUGGAUACAAUCAUCCAAUGGGAGGUUUGACAAUUCCCUGCAGAGAAGAUGCUUUCAUGGAUCUUACUUCAAGGCUACAUAGUUCUUGAAAGAUUUUUGUUCAAAUGAAAUCCCUUCCUCAACCUCCCAAGUUUUGCCAAAUAUAGUUUUGUUUAUUUUGAGUUAGACAAAGUAGAAGGCCGCUGAACAGUUUUUUUCUUUCUUUUUUUUGUAAAUUAGGGGAUAGAAAAGGUUGUUAAUUUGCCUUUCUUCCUGAUCUUCGUAAUGUGUAUAAAGUUGUAUCGACACGGUUACAACAGGAGUAAUAGAAAAUUACACUUGUUUACAGAUAAA